UUAACAAGCAUAUAUUUCAGUUUUUUCUUGAUCAAAUUCAAUCCUCGCUCUUCUUCUUUCACUAGUACUUCAAUCUUUUCUACACUACUCGAUCGAAUUCGACCCUUAAUUCUUCUGUUACGAGCACAUAGUUCUGAUAUUUCUUUCAUUUGUUGAUCAUAGUUUAGUUUGAUUCUCCACACCUCAACCCAAUCCUUAUUUUACGUUUCACUUGGUGUAAUAAAUGGAAGCAGAAGCUAGAACCCAAGAAUCCGGCAUUUCAUCGGUGCCCAGAUUUUUUUACCAUGCUUUCUUGAGUUUCAGAGGCGAAGACACUCGAAAGAACUUCACCGAUCACCUUUACACUGCCCUAAUCAACGCCGGAAUCAGAACUUUCCGGGACGACGACGAGAUAGGCCGGGGCGAGAAUAUCGACGCGGAGCUGCGGAGGGGGAUCCGAGAAUCGCGAAUCUCGAUUAUAGUCUUCUCAAAAGACUACGCAUCUUCCAGGUGGUGUCUCGACGAACUUUUGACUAUUCUGGGGAGGAGGAAGAGUGAAGGGCAUGCGGUUUUCCCCAUUUUUUACAGCGUGGGAAGGGCGGAUGUGGAGAAGCAAAGCGGGAGCUUCGCGGAGGCGUUUGAGAGGCACGCGAAGAGGGAGAAGAUGGAGGUGGAAGAAGGAAGGGUGGAGUGGAAAGGAAAGGUGGAGAAGUGGAGAGAAGCUCUCAGAGAAGUUGCAGGAUUGCAAGGAAUGGUUUUGCAGGAAGAAUGUGAUGGGCAUGAGGCAGAGUUCAUCCAAAAAAUCAUCAGGGAGAUUGUAAAGAAACUGAAUCGUACAGUACUAAGCGUACCUUCAUACACAGUUGGACUAGCAUCUCGAGUCGGGAAAAUUAACAAGUGGUUACAGGAUGAGUCCAGUGAUGUUGGCGUAGGUGUGAUUUGCGGUUUGGGUGGAGUGGGAAAGACUACUGUUGCUAAAGUAGCUUACAACUUGAAUUACGAUAGAUUUGAAGGUAGUUGCUUCCUGGCAAAUGUUAGAGCAGCUUCAGAAAUACCCAAUGGUCAGGUUGGUCUACAAAAACAAAUCUUUGAAAACAUUUUGAAAGGAAGAGAGGAAAUUAUAUUUAAUACCGAUGAAGGGAUCAUCAAGAUCAAAGAUGCUAUUGGCAGUAAAAAAGUUUUUAUCGUUUUUGACGAUGUAGAUCAGUUAGAACUCUUGGAUGUGGUAAUUGGAGCAAGAGAUUGGUUUUCUCGAGGAAGUAAAAUUAUAAUUACAACAAGGUGUGAGAAUCUGUUAAAGGGACACGAAAGGCAUUUGCAGUACAAGAUUAAGGAACUGGAUGAUGAAGAGUCGUUAAAACUCUUCUGUAGGUAUGCCUUUGGACAAGACGAUCCUCUUGAACAUCUAAUGGAAUACUCGGUAAAGGCAAUUCGUCACUGUGGCGGGCUUCCUUUAGCUCUUAAAGAUCUGGGUUCUUAUCUUUCUGGGAGAAGCAUGGAUGUUUGGAGAAGUAAAUUAGAGAAGUUGGAAAGAAUUCUUCAUCACAAGAUUCAAAGAAAUCUCGAGAUAAGCUUAAAUCCGUUAGAUGAUUAUGACAAGAGAUUGUUCGUUCUCAUUGCCUGUCAUUUUGUGGGGAAAGACAGGGACUUUGCAAUCAACGUUUUAGAAAAAUGUGAUUUGCACCCAGUAGUUGGAAUUCAGAACCUCAUCGACAUAUCCCUCGUUACUGUUGAUAAUGAUAAUAAGCUAAUGAUGCCACAAUUGAUUCAAAACAUGGGGAAAGAAAUUCUUCGCCAAGAUUCUAGGGAUGAUCUACACACACUGUCUAAAUUAUUGGAUCAAUUGGUUUCCUCAACAGAGAGUACCGUAAUGGAACAGGGCAAUGGAGUUGUGAAUGAGUCUGCCUCGCAUGUUAAUAGCCCAAAAAGGCCAUAUUCUCAAGAAUUUGAGGACAAUUCAAUUAUACCACACCAAAGCAAUUGGAAAAGGCGGUUUAUGGGAAUCUUUUCCCUGCUUCCCAGUCUUCCAAAGUUCUUCCUGCAAAAGUAAGAGAUGCUCUUAAAUAGUGUCAAUUGUGGAGUGCUUCUGUAAGCACAAAUUGAUAGGAGGCAGGCUUACAGCUAAUUUUCUAGAGCUGUUAUUCAAUUCUGCAAGGUGUGGGACUGUGGGAGAACAGAGAACAGUCCAUUUUAAGUCGUAAGGAAAUGAACCUUUUUAAAUUAAGAGGCUAGAGGAAACCUGAUGAACUAACUUCCCAACUGGUGUUAAGAAGCUAUACCUGUU